CUGUGAUGUUUGCUUGGUUAUUAAUACACGCGUCUUCUAAACAUGUUAGCUUUACAUAGUCGAUUGUAGUAGUGGCAUCACGCACGUAUAGGAUCAUGGCUUUAGGCCAUAAAUACCCAUCACUUGUAGGAGUUGACAUCACAAAUCAACAGGUGUUGUUUAAGUGUCAUCAUUAUCCGACUUAUCCUGCUUUGUUUUUCUCCGUCUGCUUAGCGCACAACCGUGACGGAACUCAAAGAUUGCCAUGGCAAAAAAGAUGCUGGUUAAGUGGUUGCUGCUGUUAAUGGUAUUUGAAAUGCUGUUGGUUCCUUUUUCUGAGGCAAAACCGUUUUGGACAAGAGGCCGCCGUAGGCGUUGUAGCUCGUCACGGCCAAGUGGAGUAGCAUGGGUCAACUCCUGGCGUCAGUACUUCUCUACCGACUGCCCCAGCAGCUACUCUGUAACGUUUUGGCAAAGCGAGCACCGAAAUUGCAAAGAAGAUCGUAUCCACUAUUUUCAGUGUGGAUAUGGUCCCGUUCGUUAUCGCCAUGGCAACUGCGCAUGGAGCGGUCAUUACGUGAACGACUUUGACCAACUGGUAAAUUACAAGUGUCCCCACAAUGGCUUUAUUACAGGGGUCAGAAGUGUGUACAGUGGACAUCAUCGUGACCGAAGGUUUAACUUCCGUUGUUGUCAUGUGAGUGGUUUAAGAGCACAUUCCUGCCAAACAACUCUUUAUCAGAACCAGUGGGACAAGGAAAUUCGUUACCAGGUUCCCAACGGCUACUUCUUGGUCGGAGUUACCAGUGUUCAUCAUAAUCGUCACGAGGAUCGCCGCUAUAAAUUUGAAAUCUGUCAAUUCAGCAGGGUCUUCGGAAAAUGAAAAUCAUUUCAAAUCAAGGACCAGUGCAAGAAGGCACAUUCUGGACAACGAACAAGACGGCACGCUCUAAAUAAAAUUAAGUGGCGAGACUAUAAGGGCAGCAAUUUAAAGCUUUUAAAUAUGAAUCAAGGGAAAGGUAAUGUGUUCUGCUGAGCGAGGCUGUAUGGUGAUGGGAAAAUAAAGAACUUUGGAAAACUGAUGACUUUCGCUUGUUUUUUAAUCACACAAAAGAAAUUUAAGCGGAAAAAAGAGGGUCUUGAUGCGAGGUCGAAUUGAUUGAGAGCUAAGAAUUUAUCAAAAUUUUCACUGUCAGCUGAGAAAUUAUGCCUUUUUAAGUGAUAACUGAGAUCUGUAAAACUUACCAAUAGCUGCCAAAUGAAAAAAAAUUCAACUGACAACCGAUAAAUCAGCGAAAACAUUCUAAGACCUGCUCCAGAUCGACCCUUGACCAAAUAUGAAAGAAAGCCCCCGCUGUCAGAAAACAUUUCUACGUAUAUACGAAUUUUACUUUGCUUAUAGUUCCAUUUAUAGGUUAAACUAUAAUCUCGUAACCACAUUUCGGGAUAUUUAAUUGGCUCCUUUGACUGUAUUUGAUAAACGCACGCACCGGUUGAAUCAAACAAGCAAAUGUCAUCUGCUAUCCUUUCUUGGUCGUUCGGUUGGUUGUUCAAACCACAAAGAUUAAAUUUUACUCUUAUUCAGAAUAAUUCUGCCCAACACUGCUUCAGGAAUGUUCAUCCGGAACCAUGACUCUUAGCAAGUCUUCUCUGUAUUUUGGAAAAACACAUAAAAUAAAAUAGAUGGUCUGAGAAAUGUCCAUUCGCAUAACCGCUCUCCGAGUUGUUCACGGCCAGUAUGACUAUCAAUUAACCAAAAGUUGAGACGAAAUCCGGUAGGAAAUCGAGCAAUUUCAUCAGCUUUUAAUGGACAAAAAUCUUGUACCAGAAUAACUUUCACGUAUAUUACAGUCCUUUUUGCAUUUUCUAAACGUGUCUAAAACAAAUUCGAACCAUCUGUUAACAGUAUUGGAAACAGGAUUUUGACAGCACUCGCCUCCUCUCUCCCCCCUCCCCCAAAAAAUCUCCGCAAUGACUCACAAACCAUACUCUUGCCAUUUUGCUCAUGUUCUGGUCCAUUUACGAGACGCCUCCUUAGGAUCGUGAACCGAGUUUCCUUUUUUAUCCUCGAUUUUAUCAUCAACUUUUCACUGGAAAAGUUGAAAAUUUACAGAGUAUGUAAAUAACAUGUAAUUAACAUGUAAAUAAUCAAAAAAAGACUGUAAAGAAUAAUUUACAUGAUUUUUCCCCUUUUACAUGUUUUGAAGGUUUCAUGUAAAUAACAUGUAAAUAUUUUAAGUGAAA